AUGACUAAUAAUGAAAUUAUGAGUUUUGAAGAGAUUGUAUAUCCAAAUAUUGAAUUAUAUUGGAAAUCUUUUUUAUGGGAAUUUCAACUUUCACAUUUAUAUUUUAAAAUAAAUCGAGGUGAUUGUAGGGUUAUAUUUUCAUCUAGUUGGUUACCAAAUAUUAGUAUAUUACAAGUUUUAAUAUUUAGAUUAUUAUGCUUAUUAAUAAUUAUAGUAACAAUAUUAUAUGAUAUUUCAUUAGAAAUUAAAAUUUGGCAUAUAGAAAAUAUUGUAAGAUAUUACACUACAAAUUGGUGCUGUAUUGUAACAAUUGGAUACUUUUCAAUUUUUACUUUAGCUUCUAUAGAAGCUAUAAAUAGUAUAAAUAUUUGUUUAGAUGAAAAAAUAAAAUUGACAAAUAAUAAUAUAAUAUAUAAAUACCUUGAACAAGACAAAUAUAUAUAUUUAAAGAAUCAAACACAAGAUAAUUUAAAUAAACAUGAAGAAGAAUCAUUAAUAUCAAAUAAUGAUAAAAUAAUACCAUAUGAAGAAAAAUAUCAAGAAGAAAAUAAUAAUAAACAAAAUUUAAUAAAUAACGAUAAUAAUAGUAAUAGUAAUAACAAUAAAGAAUAUGAUAUUUCAGAAACUCCCCAUUUAACAUGGAUAUGUUGGUGUGCAUGGAUGAUCCAAAGUUUUUUAUUACCUACUGGUUUAAUCGUAAAUAUUGGAUAUUGGAUGGUUUCACAUCCAAAUACAAAUGUAACAUUUAUUCUAGCUAUUGUUAAACAUGCAUUAGCAAGUUUAUUUGUAUUUUGGGAUUCUUACACAACUUAUCAACCAUUUUUUUUAAUGCAUGGUUUAUAUUUAUAUAUAUAUAUAAUAGGAUUUCUUACAAUUGUAUGGAUUAAUGACUUCUUUCCAAAUACAAUUUUAAGAUAUUUACCAAUAAAUAUGAAUGGAUUAUAUAUAUUUUUUAAUUUUGAUGAUGAUAAAUAUUUACAAAUAGCUCCAAGUUUAUUAGUUUUUAUAUUUACAUUAUUUUAUCCUAUGUUAUUACUCUUCUUAUGGUUUUUAUUUAGAGAUAAGAAUUUAUUGGUAGAUCCAAUGCCUAAUUUAGAAAAAUCCCGUUUACGUGCAAAAUCUGACUAUAUAUUUAGAAAUAAUCAUAAAAUAUUUUACAAAUAA